UUUUGUGUCUCUCUGCUGUAUUUAGGUCUGGUUCAGUUAGCACUCGAAAUGGCCAAAGUAGGGACAUUUGUGGUCAAAAGGAACCAUUUGCAAUUCUUAUUCAGGGAGGCCAUGCCCGAGUCAGACUUUACGUGGACAAUUAUCAUCAUUAUUAUCAUACAACAUUGAAGGCUUUGUAUUUUGUGAAGAACAACGCAGGCAUGGAUGCUUCCUAUCAACAUGACUGGAAUGCCACAGUCGGUAACAUCAGUUCUACAACAGUCAAUGUCAGUUGGUUGCCUUUGAAUACUAGCAGCUUAAAUUCCACAGACAUAUAUGGUUAUGUAGCUGUUUGCAUACGCAGAGGUAGCAGUGACAUUCUUCUGCUGAGUGUAGAAAAUGCUUCGUCUUCCAAUACCAUGGUGCGCAAUCUGAAACCCUACAGCAAUUACGAAGUCAAGGUUGUUGCUCUCCUUAAAGAUCGAGUAACUAAUGUAACAACACUGAAAAGCAGUGAGAAAACUGACAUACGUACGAAAGAGGGCGUUCCCGGUUAUGUUCCAUGGGUGUAUGGAUACGAUCAUGGUCCCAACUCUCUUGAGAUUAACUGGUCUCCAAUACCUGAAGAAGAUACUCAUGGAGUUCUUCUUGGCUACGUCGUGUAUUAUAGACGUUAUGGUUCCUACGAGAACUUCACCACUGUCAAAGUGAACGCAAGUACCCGAGAAUUGAGGAUUACAGGUCUCUUGGAGGCCACGAGAUAUGAAAUCAAAGUUGCAGGUCGUACACCUUCUGGAGAGGGUCCUUUGCGUACCACAUAUGAGAGCACGGCUUGUGCAGGGAACUUCAGUGGUAUUACAGGUGAAAUCAAUAUAACAAGCAGCUCAUACUAUUCAGGACAUUGUUACUUGGAACUCCAUUCACCGUUAGUGAACUCAAGCAUACUUCUGGUUGUUCAACGUUUCCAGAUGCAGUAUUGCUGGUCUGGUUCAGUUAGCACUCGUAAUGGCCAAAGUAGGAACAUUUGUGGUCAAAAGGAACCAUUUGCAAUUCUUAUUCUGGGAGGCUAUGCCCGAGUCAGACUUAACGUGUACCAGCAUUAUUAUUAUCAUACAACAUUGAAGGCUUUGUAUUUUGUGAGGAACAACACAGGCAUAGAUGCUUCCUAUCAACAUGGUUGGAAUGUCACAGUCGGCAACAUCAGUCCUACAACAGUCAAUGUCAGUUGGCUGCCUUUGAAUACCAGCAGCUUAAAUUCCACUGACAUAUAUGGUUAUGUGGCUGUUUGCAUACGCAGAGGUAGCAGUGACAUUCUCCUGUUGAGUGUAGAAAAUGCUUCAUCUUCCAAUACCAUGGUGCGCAAUCUGAAACCCUACAGCAAUUACGAAGUCAAGGUUGUUGCUCUCCUCAAUGAUCGAGUAACUAAUGUAGCAACACUGAAAAGCAGCGAGAAAACUGACAUACGUACGAAAGAGGGCGUUCCUGGUUAUGUUCCACGGGUGUACGGAUAUAAUCUUGGUCCCAACUCUCUCGAGAUUAACUGGUCUCCUAUACCUGAAGAAGAUACUCAUGGAGUUCUUCUUGGCUACGUGGUGUAUUUCAGACGUUAUGGUUCCUACGAGAACUUCACCACUGUCAAAGUGAACGCAAGUACCCGAGUAUUGAGGAUUACAGGUCUCAUGGAGGCCACGAGAUAUGAAAUCAAAGUUGCAGGUCGUACAUCUGUUGGCGAGGGUCCUUUGCGUACCAGAUAUGUGAGCACAGCUUGUGGACAGACCUUCAAUGGUACAACAAGUGAAAUCAAUGUAAUAACCUCAUACUAUUCAGGAUAUUGUAUCUGGGAAAUCCAUUCACCUUUAGUGAACUCAAGCGUGCUUCUUGUUGUUCAACGUUUCCAAAUGCAGUAUUGCUGGUAAGAACUUUGGAUCAUUCCAUUAUUGUUAUGAACUUACUUCCAUGUGGUUGUGUUACCAGAGGCAGCCCAGACCUACUGUAUGUGGAAUGAAUUUAUAAACAACCGAACCAUAACAUUUAUGUCUUCAAAUCUUCUGAAACAAAUGAUAAUGAUGAGUGCUGUAUUUCCCGCGCUCUGUU